CAUGUAGUUGAGCCGUGAUGGACAAGGCAGACAGCUCAAGACAAGUUUCAAAAUGGAAAACUCUGGACAGGGGCAUACUUUCCGUUAUCUUCCGCAAGCUAAACGUAGAGGACCUUACCAUGGGAGCGUCAGGCGUCUGCAUCUCCUGGUUCCUUGCCGCCCACAAUAAAAGUCUAUGGAACACUGUUGACCUUGAUAAGUUCCGACAAACAGAUAAAGACCUAAGACUUAAUGAACUAAGAUAUAGGAUUGCUUUUACGGAAAACUUCAAGAAUUCUGACAUUAGUGAAACAAGCAGAAGUCUUAGGAAUAUCACCAAGUUUAGCCGCAGUGUCCCGGUGAAUUUGGUCUUUGGCUGUUGUUCCUCUUUAGAUGACGAAAUUCUCAUGUUCGCUGCUGCCAGCAUGCCAAACAUAGAGAAACUUGUUUUACCGCGCUGGUGCUACCUAUCCAAGAAUUCAUUUGGGUUUGCGUUCAGUAAAUGGAAGAAUCUGAAGACAUUGAUUAUCGCUCAUGAUGACCCUCUCACAGAGAAUUUAGAGUUUCAAGUAGUGGGAGAGAACUGUAGUAAUCUCACAAACUUAAAAUAUUUGGGUGGUUUAGGAAAAGAGACUGCUGAGGAAAUCGUGCGUUACUUCAAGAACAUCAAGAGGCUGAGUUUGCAAUGCGCUUAUGUCAGCAGACCAGGAGUUUUGUUGCUAAUUACAGGCCUCCAAAACCUUGCGAUCCUUAAUGUUUCACAUUGUAAAGAGUUUGAUGACGAGACGGUAACUAUGGACAAUAUUGUACAAGCCGCCACUCAGAAGAGUGUCAAAUUUAUACUUUGUUCAAACAAUUGUACUUGCAGAAACAAGCGAUGGUUGGAAGGGCUCGGGACGUAUGGUUCUGAGAGUUGGCGAAAUGAUGAGAUAAAGGAACUUGAGUUCUGAACUUCAAAAAAAUAUAUAAAUCGAUGGGACUCCUCCUCGGCUUCUAUUCUAUCCGACAUUAUCCGUUUCUUGAAGUCUAUUUAGGUUCUCUUCACUUAACGUGUAAUGUUUUUGUUUUUAUUUGCCUUAUUUCUAUAUAUGCUAUAUGAUGUUCAACAACAACCAAAUAUCUUCCAAAAUGGUAUAAAUUCUAACAUUUGUACCAAAAAUGUUUUUCAAAGUUCUUUAUCAAAUUAUCUUGUGAUUUCUUAGUAAACAUUUUUUUUUUAAUUUCUUAGUAAACAUUACAUUUACAUAUGUAGCUCUUAGCCGUGCGAACAAAAAUUUUAUACAUAAGCGAUAAACAAAAUUUAUGCCCUUAUAUAGAAACAAAAUAUCUCAGAAAUAUCAUUGUUACAAAAAAACACUAGAAACAAAAAAUAAUACUUUUAACAUUUUUUCUUCAUUUUUUCCUAUAAACACUCAUUGACAAGACUUUAAAAAUUAUUAUUGCUUAAAAUUUUAUU